UGUUCAGCACUUUCUGCUUUCUUUCAAGCUGUCAGGUUGCAGUGGUAUACUUGUUUGUGGUCGUGUGUCACAUUAUAUUAUUGUACACACUCAGCUUUGGAAAGGACUUGCAUAUUGUCACAUAAGAAGUUCCAGUAGCCGGACAAAAGAUGCCCUAUAUUUACCAAGAUCCAAAUAAGAAGGAACCAAGUGUUCCUGAAACAGCUAGAAACAUUCACUCAUCUGGCAAAAGCUAUCAAGAAAUUAAACAAGAGUGUCUACAGAAGGGGACUCUGUUUGAAGAUGUUGACUUCCCAGCUAAUGAUGGUUCUCUUUUCUACAGUGAAAAACCCAAUAUCCCAUUUGUAUGGAAAAGACCAAAGGAUAUUGCCUCAAAUCCUCAGUUUAUUCUAGGAGGUGCUUCAAGAACAGAUGUAUGUCAAGGGGAUCUUGGAGACUGUUGGCUUUUAGCAGCUAUUGCUUCUCUGACUCUCAAUGAGAAGGUUAUGUUUAGAGUGGUACCUCCUGACCAAACAUUUGACUCUGGAUAUGCUGGCAUAUUUCACUUCCAGUUUUGGCAACACAAUGAAUGGAUUGAUGUUGUAAUUGAUGAUCGCCUCCCCACAUUCAGAAAUCGUCUAGUCUUUCUGCAUUCGGCAGAUCUAAAUGAAUUUUGGAGUGCAUUACUAGAAAAAGCAUAUGCCAAGCUGUACGGAAGCUAUGAGGCAUUAAAAGGAGGUAGCACUAUUGAAGCUAUGGAAGAUUUCACAGGGGGUGUUUCAGAAACGUAUGAAAAUAAAAGUGCUCCUGACAAUUAUUUUGAAAUUAUGGAGAAAGCUCUUAAAAGAGGGUCAAUGCUGGGAUGCUCGAUUGAUACCACAAGUUCUGCUGAAACAGAAGCUAAAACCCCUCAAGGUCUUGUAAAGGGACAUGCUUAUUCAAUAACUGGCAUGGACAUGGUAACUUACAAAGGUCAAAAAGUCAAACUUAUCAGAGUCAGGAACCCCUGGGGCCAGGUAGAAUGGAAUGGAGCGUGGAGUGAUAAUGCCUCAGAAUGGAAUAAUAUUGAUCCUGCAGAGAAGAAACGCCUGACUCAGAUAACACUUGAUGAUGGUGAAUUUUGGAUGAAAUUUGAGGACUUCAAGCACUAUUAUGACAAGGUUGAGAUCUGUAAUCUCACACCUGAUGCUUUGGAUGAUGACACUACACACAAGUGGGAAGUUUCGGUCCACCAGGGAAGUUGGAUUAGAGGUUCUACUGCUGGAGGAUGCAGAAAUUUCCUAGAUACAUUUUGGUCCAAUCCUCAAAUUCAGCUGAGUCUAAAGGAGACGGAUGAUGGGCAUCACGAAUGUACUUUCAUUGCUGCCCUGAUGCAAAAGAAUAGGCGCAAGCUCAGAAAAGUGGGAGCCGACAUGUUAACAAUAGGAUAUGCUAUUUACCAGUGCCCCGGAAAAGAAUCACAGUUGACAAAAGAUUAUUUCAAAUUUAAUCCCUCUAAGGCAAGAAGUAAAACAUAUAUUAACCUGAGAGAAAUUUCCCAGAGGUUCAAGCUCCCACCAGGAGAUUACAUGCUUAUUCCAACUACAUUUGAACCCCACCAAGAAGCAGAUUUUUGUGUGAGAAUAUUUUCAGAGAAGAAAGCUGAGAUUAAAGAAAUUGAUGGUGAUAUUAAUGUUGAUAUUCCAGAGCCAUCUAAACCAAACCCUCCACAUCAAGAAACUGAAGAAGAAAAGCAAUUUCGUAGUUUGUUUGAACAAGUUGCUGGACAAGACAUGGAGGUUAGUGCAGAAGAACUUCAGCAAAUCCUGAAUGCUGUUCUAACGAGAACCAAGAAUGUUAAAGUGAAGGAGAUAAGCCCUUUAUCAUGUAUAAAUAUUGUUUCCCUGAUGGAUGGCAGUGGAAAUGGAAAACUUAACUUUGAUGAAUUCAAGAUCUUCUGGGAUAAACUCAAGCACUGGAUUGCUAUAUUUUUGCAAUUUGACACUGAUAAGUCAGGAACUAUGUCUUCAUAUGAACUUCGAUUGGCUUUAAAAGCAGCAGGAUUUCAAUUGAAUAACCUUGUUUUGCAACUUGUGGUCCUGCGAUACGCUGAUGAAAACUACCAGAUAACAUUUGAUGAUUUUCUAAAUUGUUUGAUUCGCCUGGAAAAUGCUUGCAGAGUGUUCAAGGCAGUUAAUGAAAGCAACUCAGAGACAAUCAUUUUGAAACAAGCUGAGUUCAUCAGUCUUGCAAUCAACAUUUAAAGAAAUAAGUGGAACAACACAACAAAACAGAGAUUUAUUUGUUAUUAUUUGACUUCAUUCAAUUAUAUAAUAAUGUGAAUGGGAUGAAAACAUUAAAAUAAAAAAAACUCAGGUGUUGUAUAGUAUUUGCUACCACAUGCCCACACAUAUCCAGCAUGCACAAUGGCCCAAACAGCACAUGUCUACCACAUAGAUUUACAUUUUAUGUAAAAAUAUUCUGCAACACUAAUAUAUUCUCACAACCCACUGUGUGGUGUACUUGUUGAUUGUGCUGCUACAGUUUGAAGAAUACAUGCAGCAAUAAAAUGGUUUGGCUUGUUAUAAACUUCUAGAUUGACCAAUGGCAUGCUGUAGGUCAGGGGUGUCCAGGCCACAAGCUGCAUGCGGCCUGGUUACCGACUACGAUGCCGGUACACCAGGCAGCUAACGAGGAAGGGAGCCCACUACAUUCUGUGCUCCUGCUGGAUAGCUCCCUCUUGUGCCCUGCAGUGA